CUCCACCUGGAGCGCAGUCCUGGGCCGCCCGCCUCCUCGCCGGCGGAGCAGGGCGCGGGGCGCAACGCGGAGCCCGGAGCAGGCGCCAAGGCGACUUCAGGAGCAUCGGGAACUCUGCAGCGCGGGGCGGGGCGGGCUGACUCGGCUCCCGCGGGCCUCCCCGCGCCUUGCGCCCCUCCUGAGAGCGCUCCGAAAGCGCGGCCGCCCCUGAGCAUGAAGCAGCAUGUCUGACAAAAUGUCCAGCUUCCUCUACAUCGGGGACAUCGUGUCCCUGUACGCCGAGGGCUCGGUCAAUGGCUUCAUCAGCACGCUGGGGCUCGUGGAUGACAGAUGUGUGGUCCACCCAGAGGCAGGCGACUUGGCCAACCCCCCCAAGAAGUUCAGAGACUGCCUGUUUAAGGUGUGUCCUAUGAACCGGUAUUCUGCCCAGAAACAGUAUUGGAAAGCGAAGCAAGCCAAACAAGGGAACCACACAGAGGCAGCCCUGCUGAAGAAGUUACAGCAUGCUGCUGAACUGGAGCAAAAACAGAAUGAAUCAGAGAACAAGAAACUGUUGGGAGAAAUUGUGAAAUACAGUAAUGUCAUACAGCUGUUGCACAUCAAGAGCAACAAGUACCUGACUGUCAACAAGAGACUGCCAGCCCUUCUGGAGAAGAAUGCCAUGCGGGUGUCCCUGGAUGCUGCAGGCAACGAAGGCUCCUGGUUCUACGUCCACCCUUUCUGGAAGCUGCGGAGCGAGGGUGACAAUAUCGUCGUAGGAGAUAAAGUCGUCUUGAUGCCUGUGAACGCAGGACAGCCGCUGCAUGCCAGUAACAUAGAGCUUCUGGAUAACCCGGGGUGCAAAGAGGUGAAUGCUGUUAAUUGCAACACGAGCUGGAAGGUCACACUGUUCAUGAAGUACAGCUCCUAUCGAGAAGAUGUGCUCAAAGGAGGUGAUGUUGUCAGAUUGUUUCAUGCCGAACAAGAGAAGUUUCUGACGUGUGAUGAGUAUGAGAAAAAACAGCACAUUUUCCUCCGUACUACCUUGCGCCAGUCAGCCACGUCUGCCACCAGCUCCAAAGCACUGUGGGAAAUAGAGGUGGUGCAUCACGACCCUUGUCGUGGCGGUGCCGGGCAGUGGAACAGCCUGUUCCGAUUUAAACAUCUAGCCACUGGGAACUACUUAGCUGCGGAGCUUAAUCCUGACUAUCGAGAUGCCCAAAAUGAAGGGAAAAAUGUGCGAGACGGCGAACUCCCGACUUCAAAGAAGAAGCGGCAGGCUGGGGAGAAGAUCAUGUACACGCUGGUCUCUGUCCCGCACGGCAAUGACAUCGCCUCCCUCUUUGAGCUGGAUGCCACGACGCUUCAGAGGGCGGACUGUCUGGUUCCCAGGAACUCGUACGUCCGGCUGAGACACUUAUGUACCAACACGUGGGUGACCAGCACAAGCAUCCCCAUCGACACGGACGAGGAGAGGCCUGUUAUGUUGAAGAUCGGAACUUGCCAAACCAAAGAAGACAAAGAAGCAUUUGCCAUUGUGUCUGUCCCACUGUCAGAGGUCCGAGAUCUGGACUUUGCCAAUGAUGCCAACAAAGUACUAGCGACCACCGUGAAAAAGCUGGAAAAUGGCACCAUCACUCAGAAUGAAAGGAGGUUUGUAACCAAAUUGCUGGAAGACCUCAUCUUCUUUGUGGCAGAUGUACUCAAUAAUGGACAGGAGGUUCUGGAUGUGGUCAUCACCAAACCCAACAGAGAGCGCCAGAAAUUAAUGAGGGAGCAGAACAUACUGGCACAGGUGUUCGGAAUUCUCAAAGCACCAUUUAAGGAGCGAGGAGGAGAAGGACCCAUGCUGAGGCUGGAGGACUUGGGGGACCAGAGGUACGCCCCCUACAAGUACCUGCUGCGGCUAUGCUACCGUGUGCUGAGACACUCCCAACAGGACUACCGCAAGAACCAGGAAUACAUCGCUAAGAACUUCUGUGUCAUGCAGUCCCAGAUUGGCUAUGAUAUUUUGGCAGAAGACACCAUCACAGCUUUGUUGCACAACAACAGAAAACUACUAGAGAAACACAUCACAGCAAAAGAAAUAGAAACAUUUGUCAGUUUACUCCGGAGAAAUCGUGAGCCAAGGUUUCUGGACUACCUGUCAGACCUGUGCGUGUCCAACACCACCGCCAUCCCCGUCACACAGGAACUCAUCUGCAAGUUCAUGCUGAGCCCUGGGAACGCAGACAUCCUCAUCCAGACCAAGCUGGUCUCCACACAAGUGGACAACCCUAUGGAGAGCGCCAUCCUGGCUGACGACUUGGAUGAUGAGGAAGUCUGGCUCUACUGGAUUGACAGCAACAAGGAGCCUCAUGGCAAAGCCAUCCGACACCUGGCCCAGGAGGCCAAGGAAGGCACCAAGGCCGACCUGGAGGUCCUCACCUACUAUAGGUACCAGCUCAACCUCUUCGCAAGGAUGUGCCUGGACCGCCAGUACCUGGCCAUCAACCAGAUCUCCACACAGCUGUCAGUGGACCUGAUCCUGCGCUGCGUGUCUGAUGAGAGCCUGCCCUUUGACCUGCGUGCCUCCUUCUGCCGCCUCAUGCUGCACAUGCACGUGGACAGAGACCCCCAGGAGUCUGUGGUGCCUGUCCGAUAUGCCCGACUGUGGACUGAGAUCCCCACCAAGAUCACCAUACACGAAUAUGACUCUAUCACAGACUCCUCCAGAAACGACAUGAAGAGGAAAUUCGCACUGACGAUGGAGUUUGUGGAAGAGUACUUGAAAGAAGUUGUAAACCAGCCCUUCCCUUUCGGGGAUAAAGAGAAAAACAAGCUGACAUUCGAGGUGGUCCACUUGGCUCGGAACCUUAUAUACUUUGGGUUCUACAGCUUUAGUGAGCUCCUCAGGCUCACGAGGACACUGCUAGCCAUCCUUGAUAUUGUACAGGUCCCCAUAUCAUCGUAUUUGGAGAGACUGAGCAAAUUUCAAGAUGGAGGAAAUAAUGUCAUGAGGACCAUCCACGGGGUGGGUGAGAUGAUGACACAGAUGGUGCUGAGCCGGGGCUCCAUCUUCCCCAUGAGCGUGCCUGAUGUGGCUCCCAGCCUGCACCCCAGCAAGCAGGGCAGCCCCGCUGAGCAGGAGGACGUCACUGUCAUGGACACCAAGCUAAAGAUCAUCGAGAUCUUGCAGUUUAUCCUGAGCGUCCGUCUGGACUACAGGAUCUCAUACAUGCUGUCGAUAUAUAAGAAGGAGUUUGGAGAGAACAACGAGAAUGCUGACGCCUCUGCCAGUGGCUCUCCUGACAUGCUACUGCCAUCAGCCAUUGUUCCUGAUAUCGACGAAAUUGCGGCUCAGGCAGAGACAAUGUUUGCUGGAAGAAAGGAGAAGACCCCAGUGCAGCUGGAUGACGAGGGAGGAAGGACAUUUCUGCGGGUUCUCAUCCACCUGAUCAUGCACGACUACCCGCCUCUGCUGUCCGGGGCCCUGCAGCUGCUCUUCAAGCACUUCAGCCAGAGGGCCGAGGUGCUGCAGGCCUUCAGGCAGGUACAGCUGCUGGUGUCCAGCCAAGAUGUGGACAACUACAAGCAGAUCAAGGCCGACCUGGACCAGCUGCGGCUCACCGUGGAGAAGUCUGAACUGUGGGUGGAGAAGAACAGUAGCUACGAGAACGGGGAGAUGAGUGAGAACCAAGUGAAAGGCGGAGAGGAACCCAUGGAGGAAGCCAUCAUCCUCAGCCCAGUGCAGGAUGGGACAAAGAAACCUCAGAUUGACAGCAACAAGAGCAACAACUACCGGGUGGUGAAGGAGAUCCUGAUCAGGCUGAGCAAGCUGUGUGUGCAGAAUAAGAAGUGUCGGAACCAGCACCAACGGCUGCUGAAGAACAUGGGUGCCCACUCCGUGGUGCUGGACCUGCUGCAGAUCCCAUAUGAGAAGAACGACGAAAAGAUGAAUGAAGUCAUGAAUCUGGCGCACACAUUUCUGCAGAAUUUCUGUCGGGGGAAUCCCCAGAACCAAGUCCUCCUCCACAAGCACCUGAACUUGUUCCUAACUCCAGGGCUCCUGGAGGCAGAGACUAUGCGGCACAUCUUCAUGAACAACUUCCACCUGUGCAACGAGAUCAGCGAGCGCGUGGUGCAGCACCUGGUGCACUGCAUUGAGACGCACGGCCGCCAUGUUGAGUACCUGCGCUUCCUGCAGACCAUUGUCAAGGCCGACGGCAAGUACGUGAAGAAGUGCCAGGACAUGGUUAUGACCGAGCUCAUCAACGGGGGUGAAGACGUGCUAAUCUUCUAUAAUGACCGAGCGUCCUUCCCCAUCCUGCUGCACAUGAUGUGCUCUGAGCGGGACCGUGGGGAUGAGAGCGGCCCCCUGGCCUACCAUAUCACGCUGGUGGAGCUGCUGGCCGCCUGCACCGAGGGCAAGAAUGUCUACACUGAGAUCAAGUGCAACUCUCUCCUGCCCCUGGAUGACAUUGUCAGGGUGGUGACUCACGACGACUGUAUCCCUGAGGUUAAGAUUGCUUAUGUGAACUUCGUGAAUCACUGUUACGUCGACACUGAAGUUGAGAUGAAAGAAAUCUACACAAGCAACCACAUUUGGAAGCUAUUUGAGAACUUCUUGGUGGACAUGGCACGGGUUUGCAACACCACCACCGACCGGAAGCAUGCAGACACCUUCUUGGAGAAGUGCGUCACGGAAUCCAUCAUGAAUAUCGUGAGCGGCUUCUUCAACUCCCCCUUCUCUGACAACAGCACCAGCCUCCAGACUCACCAGCCAGUUUUCAUUCAGCUGCUGCAGUCCGCUUUCCGGAUUUACAAUUGCACCUGGCCAAACCCGGUGCAGAAGGCCUCAGUGGAGUCCUGUAUCAGAACCCUGGCAGAAGUGGCCAAGAAUCGUGGAAUCGCCAUCCCCGUGGACUUGGACAGUCAGGUGAACACUCUGUUCAUGAAGAGCCACUCCAACAUGGUGCAGAGAGCGGCCAUGGGCUGGAGGCUCUCCGCCCGCUCUGGACCGCGCUUUAAGGAGGCCCUGGGAGGCCCUGCGUGGGACUAUAGAAACAUCAUCGAGAAGCUGCAGGACGUGGUGGCCUCCUUGGAGCAGCAGUUCAGCCCAAUGAUGCAGGCCGAGUUCUCUGUGUUGGUGGAUGUGCUGUACAGCCCAGAGCUGCUAUUCCCCGAGGGCAGCGACGCCAGGAUCCGCUGUGGCGCCUUCAUGUCCAAGUUGAUUAAUCACACAAAGAAGCUAAUGGAAAAAGAAGAGAAACUGUGCAUUAAAAUUCUUCAGACUUUGCGGGAAAUGCUAGAGAAGAAAGACAGCUUUGUGGAAGAGGGCAGCACUCUGAGGAAAAUCCUCCUGAACCGCUACUUCAAAGGCGAUUACGGGGCUGGUGUGAACGGACCCCUCUCAGGGAGCUACUGCAAAGCCACUCACACCCCAGGAGGCUUCUCGGGACAGGACUCAGAUAAGACAGGCAUCUCCAUGUCUGACAUUCAGUGUCUGCUGGACAAGGAGGGCGCCUCAGAGCUCGUCAUCGACGUGAUUGUGAACACCAAAAAUGACAGGAUUUUCUCAGAAGGCAUUUUGCUUGGCAUCGCUUUGCUCGAAGGAGGAAACACACAGACUCAGUACUCCUUCUACCAGCAACUGCACGAGCAGAAGAAGUCAGAAAAAUUCUUCAAAGUUCUGUACGACCGAAUGAAGGCGGCUCAGAAGGAAAUCAGGUCCACAGUGACAGUAAACACUGUAGACCUAGGCACCAAGAAGAGGGACGAGGACAGUGAGGUGAUGGCCGCCGGCCCUCGGGUCAGAGUCCGGGACUCCACGCUGCACCUGCGAGAGGGGAUGAAGGGGCAGUUGACAGAAGCAUCCUCUGCCACCUCCAAAGCCUACUGCGCAUACCGCAGGGAGAUGGACCCUGAGGUGGACGUAGUGUGCUCGGGGCCAGAGGCUGGCGGCGCCGAGGAGAAGUCCGCAGAGGAGGCUACCGUGAGCCCUGCCAUCGCCAUCAUGCAGCCUAUCCUGCGCUUCCUGCAGCUGCUGUGUGAGAACCACAACCGUGAGCUGCAGAACUUCUUGAGGAACCAGAACAACAAGACCAACUACAACCUGGUGUGUGAGACGCUGCAGUUCCUGGAUUGUAUCUGUGGCAGCACCACAGGCGGCCUGGGCCUGCUGGGGCUCUACAUCAACGAGAAGAAUGUGGUGCUGGUCAACCAGACCCUGGAGAGCCUGACUGAGUACUGCCAGGGACCCUGUCAUGAAAACCAGACCUGCAUCGCAACUCACGAGUCCAAUGGCAUUGACAUCAUCAUUGCCUUGAUUCUCAACGACAUCAAUCCCCUUGGCAAAUACCGCAUGGACCUAGUGCUGCAGCUCAAGAACAAUGCCUCCAAGCUCUUGCUGGCCAUCAUGGAGAGCAGACACGACAGCGAAAAUGCUGAAAGGAUCCUCUUCAACAUGAGGCCCAGAGAGCUGGUGGACGUGAUGAAGAAUGCCUACAACCAAGGCUUGGAGUGUGACCACGGGGAUGAGGAAGGCAGCAGCGAUGGCGUCUCCCCCAAAGAUGUGGGGCACAACAUCUACAUUCUGGCCCACCAGCUCGCCCGCCACAACAAGCUGCUGCAGCAGAUGCUCAAGCCGGGGUCGGACCCAGAUGGUGGGGAUGAAGCCUUGAAGCAUUAUGCCAACCACACAGCACAGAUCGAGAUCGUGAGGCACGACAGGACCAUGGAGCAGAUCGUGUUCCCCGUCCCCAGCAUCUGUGAGUACCUCACCCGUGAGUCCAAGUGCCGCGUGUUCAACACAACUGAGCGGGAUGAGCAGGGCAGCAAAGUGAAUGACUUCUUCCAGCAGACAGAAGAUCUCUACAACGAGAUGAAGUGGCAGAAGAAAAUCCGGAAUAACCACGCUCUCUUCUGGUUCUCAAGACACAUCUCACUGUGGGGCAGUGUCUCCUUCAACUUGGCUGUCUUCAUCAACCUGGCUGUGGCUCUCUUCUACCCGUUUGGGGACGACGGGGACGAAGGUACCCUCUCUCCGAUGUUCUCAGUUCUCCUUUGGAUAGCAGUGGCCACCUGCACUUCGAUGCUCUUUUUCUUCUCCAAGCCUGUGGGAAUCCGGCCAUUCCUGGUGUCGGUGAUGCUCAGGUCGAUAUAUACAAUCGGUCUUGGGCCAACACUAAUACUUCUCGGUGCAGCUAAUCUGUGCAACAAAAUCAUCUUCCUGGUGAGCUUCGUGGGGAACCGAGGCACGUUCACGAGGGGCUACCGCGCGGUCAUCCUGGAUAUGGCCUUCCUCUACCACGUGGCCUAUGUCUUGGUCUGUAUGCUGGGCCUCUUCGUCCACGAGUUCUUCUACAGUUUCCUGCUGUUCGACCUGGUGUACAGAGAAGAGACUCUGCUCAACGUCAUCAAGAGUGUCACGCGGAAUGGUCGCUCCAUCAUCCUCACAGCCGUCCUGGCCCUCAUCCUGGUCUACCUGUUCUCCAUCAUUGGCUUCCUCUUCCUCAAGGACGACUUCACCAUGGAGGUAGACAGGCUGAAAAACAGGACACCUACGGCAGGUGGCAGCGGGGUGCCGACCAUGACCCUGACGUCCAUGAUGGGGGCUUGUGCCAAGGAGAACUGCUCACCCACCAUCCCAGCUCCAAGUGCAGCGGAGGAGGAGCAAGCAGAUGGCGUGGAGAGGACCUGCGACACCCUGCUCAUGUGCAUUGUCACCGUGCUGAACCAGGGCCUCCGCAACGGGGGCGGCGUGGGCGACGUACUCCGAAGACCCUCCAAAGAUGAGCCCCUGUUUGCUGCCCGGGUGGUAUAUGACCUCCUCUUCUAUUUCAUCGUCAUCAUCAUCGUUCUCAACUUGAUCUUUGGUGUUAUCAUUGACACUUUUGCUGAUCUCAGAAGUGAAAAACAGAAAAAGGAAGAGAUUCUCAAGACCACUUGCUUCAUCUGUGGGCUAGAGAGGGACAAGUUUGACAACAAGACGGUGUCCUUCGAGGAGCACAUCAAGUCAGAGCACAACAUGUGGCACUACCUGUACUUCCUGGUGCUGGUGAAGGUCAAGGACCCCACGGAGUACACGGGCCCUGAGAGCUACGUGGCCCAGAUGAUCCUGGAGAAGAAUCUGGACUGGUUCCCCCGGAUGCGGGCCAUGUCCCUGGUCAGCAGCGAAGGGGACAGUGAGCAGAACGAGGUGCGGAGCCUGCAGGAGAAGCUGGAGGCCACCAUGGGCCUGGUCAGGCAGCUCUCAGGACAGCUGGCCGAGCUGAAGGAGCAGAUGACAGAACAAAGGAAGAACAAGCAGCGGCUGGGCUUCCUGGGCUCGAGCACGCCCCACGUGAACCAUCACAUGCCCCCACCGCCCCACUGAGGGCCCUGCCUGCUAGGGCCACCCUGGGCAGGAUGGGGCAGGAGGGCGGCUGUUGUUGCAGACUCACACCAGCCUGGUGCCAGGACACGAGGACAAUUGCCACUGUGUCUCCCUCAGGGGAGAUAGGGACCGCACAGCCCGCGUCCCCUCUAGGGGUAAGGGGCCCACUCGCGCCACACCCAGGAGCCAGCUCUGCUUAGGGCGGUGACCUGACUUCUAUCUCCAGAGGCCCAGGGCUCAGGGGUUCUGGAAUCACAGACAGUGGCUCAGGGCCACAGAGAACAAGCCAAGAAAUGAUGAGGACCCAGAGUCGGCCCUGCUUCCCACGGGCUGUGGCCGCUUGUCCCCCAUGUGACAUAGCUGGCCCUGGCUGCUGCAGUGGGUGGCUUCCCUCCCUCCCUCCCUCCCUCCCUCCCUCCCUCCCUCCCUCCCUCCCUCUGUCUGACCGGGCCAGGGAAUGUCACCCUUUUCUUCCCGUGUGGGGAGCUCCAUAGUCUUCCAGAUGCCUCGGGACAAACAGGCUGGACAUCAGGGAUAGUUCGGUUAUGAAGGCUUUGGGGAGGAGCUUUCUUGUUGUGGGACACUGCUAACAUAUGUGGCAACAUUCCAGGAACAGGCGUGAGGUGGGCAGCCUGGAGGCGAUUGGGGUGGUGGGGCUGGAGAAGCCAUGGGCCCUGUCUCUGUGCUAAUCCUCGGGGGGGGGGGGGGGUGAGGAAUGAAUAAAGGGUGGCACUCCCAGGGUCUGCUUUACACGGCACCAGGAAGGCCUUGCAGACGCCAGACAGAACCGGCUUCUUCCCAGGUGGCUCUGGGGCAAAGGACACAGCUGGAACUUGGGAAGGUGGAAAGGAGGGAGGGUGGGAAGAGAGGUAGGCUGGCUCCCUGCUUCUGAAGGUGUUGCGGCCCACCUGUGAUGACAGGGUGCUGGGAAGCCAGGCAAGACACCAGGCCCCAUAGAGAUGGUCUUGAGGUCACCCCCAGCCCAGGGACAGGACCCUCCCCCCAGGUCUCCCCUCUCAGUUUGUCAAGUGCUUUUGUGUAGAUCAGGGUGAGCCAAGGCAGAUAUUUAGAUCCACGGCGCUCAGGGCCAUAAGGUGUGUUAAAACCAGCGGCUCCUGAAGGCUUUGUGGGGGAUGGGCAUGCCGGCAGCUCAGACUCCUGAGGGUCCUCUCUCAUCCUGACACACCCACUCCGGCCUGCUGUGGAGGGGAGCUGCCAUUUCAUCCUCCAGCAUCCUCCCUCCCUUCGUUGGAAAGUACCCAAGACAUGGCCACUCACAAGACCCUCAUCUGACUGCAGUCAGAAUCCUGCCCAGUUGUGUUUCUUUCUUCCCUGCCUGAAGACGCAGGACUCUCACACAGAAUAAAGACAAGCCUUGUCUCACAUUCUCACAUGUGCCAGGCCACUCCCCAGGUGUUCCCAAGGGAGAAGAUAAAGGAAAGCAGGAACUUAGCCUCUGGUGUGCUCGACCACACCUCACAUCUGUUUGUCAGCCUGUCCAUGCGCUGGGGUCCUCAUCCCAGAGGGGCUCUCUGCGAGCAGCCUCAGCCUCAUACUUACAAGGUGCCCCUGCACUGAGGACAGUCAUCUUUGGUUUGUUAUUUAGUGAUUCGCAUCCACACUGGUUUAAAGGUCUGUCUCUGCUGGCUUCCUCUUCUUCCCCAGUGCAGCCUGGGACCCAAGCCUGAGACGCAGGCAGGCUUCCUGAGCGAGAGACUCGCUGUUGUAAGCCUGUGCCAGCAGUCAGUGAGUGGCAGGCGCGUGCGAUCCGUGUGUUUGGGGGGUUCAUGUGGGAAGGGUCACGGCAGCUCCCUGAGAUUCCCUGCCGGCAACAGCACAGUUGUAUGGUCUGUGCAGGAGCCAGCAUGGCUGCAGUGCGCCAGCCCUGCACACUUGAGGCCCCAGGUUCAGUCCCUGCAUCCCCUUACGCUGGUGCUGAGCAGUGCUGUGGGCUCCCUCUCUCACAACAGUAAAGUAUUUGGGAGGAGCUGGGAGAUGGCUCUCACUUGGUAGAGCACACAUUUGACCAUCCUUAAGGACCUGGGUUCAAGCCCCAGGCUGCCACAAGGGAGUACCACGCAAAGGGAAAGCUUCAUGAGUGGUGGAGUGGGGUCUCUAUCUUGCAAAAAGUAAAGAGCCUGCCAAAAGGAGUGGAAUCAUGCAGGCUCAGAACCCUGGCGAUAACCUGGCGACUAAAACUAAAAGCAUAAUUCUAACAGCAUGGCAAGCCCAGACGAGGACAGUGUCUAUGUCACUGCUAAUAAAAUUGGAUUUGCUGAA